AGAAUAAAAAAUGAAUACAACGAAAAGGAAUUAUCAAAGGUCAUAGUUUAGCGUAGUAAUUAUCUGUAUGCUGAUUUUCAUUGGUCUGUAUCAAAUACAUAUUUAUAAAAAAAGAAACAUUAAAAAUUAAAAAUAAAAUGUCUCAAGUGUGGCAAGAACCUUUUGUAAAUUUCUUUAAAUACUACGGUGUUGGAGAAUGGAAAAAGUGCAUGAUGGAAGGAGAUGUCACCAAAGUCAUGGAUCGUGCAGUCAAAGGUUCAGUUUAUCGUAUUUGUGGGUCUUUACCUUCUAGGAAUUUCAUAAAUUUCCCCAAAUCUUUUUCAUCAUCACUUGGUCUUCAUGGUCGCUUUCUAUAUGUUUUGUUUAAACCUGUUGUUGGAAAGUUCUUUUCAAUUCACUUUGAUGUUCAGGCUAGUGAUGGUACAACAGUACGAAUAUCUCUGUCAAAUAUCUUUAAUGCCUUUAAAGUCACCUCCACAUGGAUUCAGUUUCCAGUAGUUUUUAGUCCUUUAAAAGGUUCUAUUGAUGAAGUGACUUACAUGCUUUUGGAUGCGAAAGAAAAGUGUCUGACUGUUCCUAAAUCUGCUUAUUGGACCCUACUUGUUUUUGAUAUGCACUAUGCACUGGCAACUUACAUUAACAAAUGCUUCUCUCAUCUAAAAUGUUUAAGACUUUGUUCCUCAAUGUUUGUUAAAAAUGUUUUUACAAGUUCUAAUGAUUAUCAACCAGGGUUAAAUAUUGCAUUCGCUAGAAAAACAGGUAUGUUGGCAUCUGGUGUCAUUCCGCUACCAAUAGAAAUGAGUUUUCCUCUUGAAAAAGGCGAUGACUGGCAUAACAAAUAUAUUUAUUUAAAAUUACCUGAUUCUUCGCACAUUGUUAUGGAACGAAAUCAAAAAUCAAAUCUCAAAUCCAGUAAAGCUAAGGCAUAUAAUAAAAAAACAAAUAUCACCAGUGAAUUAUCAUCUAUGGAAAAGUCAUACAUUGAACAACCAAAAGAAGAAGAGAAAAAGCUGACUAGGUUAAGCAAGCCACAAAUGAAUGAAGCAUUUAGCACUUUACCAAAAGCUCAUGCAUUUGGUGAUGCUGGAAUUGAAAUUUAUACGUCUUCACAAAGGAGAGGAAGACAUAAGACAUCAAAUGAUCAAAGUCUUAAUUGUAAUCAAGUUGAAGAUCAAUCAAAAUCUCAGGUUUUUUGGACAGAUGCUGGACAUGAUGUGAUAUAUCCAUGUCAUAGUAUUAUUGUUAUUCAUAAUAUUUUAUCAGGAAAGCAAUCUUUUCUACUUGGUCAUAUAAAUAAUAUUUCUGCAUUAACUAUUUCUCCUGAAUCCAAAUUUCUUGCUUCUGCAGAAACUGGGUGUAAUUCUUCUGUUCGAAUAUGGAAGAUUAAAACAAAGCAAUGUGUAGCUCUGUUUCAAACAAGUAUUAAAGAUGUUUCUAUUCUAAGUUUUUCUUUAAGCUCUGAAUUAAUUGCGUCUGUUGGAAUGGAUACGCAUUCAAAGCAGAUAAUUUGUAUUUGGAAUGUGUCAAGCAAAGGAAAGAUUCAAUUGGUGACUAAAGCUUACACAGACUUUAAUGAAAAUGGGAUUAACAAGUUUAUGUUUACAUCCUUUGAUGAGCAUAAACUUGUUUCAUGUGGAUUGAAUAAUAUACGUGUUUGGAAGCUGAAACCAAACACAUUACGCUCAAUCCCAAUUGAACUCGGAAAGUUUUGCGCUGUUCAUUUUACAGAUUUUGUUUUUCAAAAGCAUGAAGCUACAUCAAAAUUAUCUCUUUUUUUAACAUCAACAUCUGGGACUGUGUAUGAAGUGGAUUUUGGAACACUAAAACUUUUGAAGAUACAUACACUUUUUGGUUUGAAUGAUGAAAUUGUUUCAUUAAAUACUAUAUCCUCUAUGAAUAGUUUUUUUGCUAUUGGAUCAAGUGAUAGUCAUUUGAGGCUAUGGUCUACAGAUUUUCAAACUGUUUUAAUGGAUGCUACACAUGACAAUCCUUUAACUGCUGUUAGCAUUUUUAAAGAUGGCAACCAAAUUCUUGCUGGAACAGAUUCUGGUACCCUUGGGAUUCUGCAUAUUGCUUCAUUAACAUACACAACACUCACUAGAUCUCAUACAAGUGAUGUAAUAUCUUUUUCUUUUGAUCAUGUUGGUAAUCAUAUUGUAUCAAUCACUUACGAUAACUAUAUUAAAUUGUGGGACAGCAAGACCUACAGUCUUAUUUAUGAAUUUAAUGAAAAGAAUGAAUCACCGUUAAGUGUUUGUUGUCAUCCGUUCAAGUCAGAGUUUGUUUGUGGGUUUCAAAGUGGAGCAAUUAGAGUAUUUAGUUUAGCUACAACAUCUCUUUUAUUUGAAAUUUAUGAGCACAAUGCUGAAGUUUCACAUGUUCUUUUUUCCCAAUCAGGAGAAUUUUUGUAUACUUGCUGUGCAAAAGGCAAUUUAGUUUUACACAGUACUUUCAAUCAAGAAUAUUCUUGUGUAAGAAGUUUAUCAGCAGUGGUUAGAAAAAAGAGAAAUAGAGAAAGGGAAAAGGAAAUUAGGAGUGACACUUUUUUGUCAAUUGAUGAGCAAGGAGAUAAAUUAGCUGUGAUUGGCCCAACAGCAUUAUCAAUCACAAUAUUUGUUGCAAGAACUUUGGACGAGAUUUUACAGAUUGAUCUUCCCUUAGCUGACAAUAAGAGUAAGAAGUAUGCAGUGGAAGCUGAAAUUGUGCAGUUUUCACCUUCAACUUUAGCGCAUUUGCUUGUGGCAACAUCAACGCCAUGUUUACUUUUAAUAGAUGUGUCUACAGGUCAGCUUCUGAAGGAGGUAUUUAACAUCCAUCCGAGCCCAUUAACCAGUUUGUCGUGUUCUCUAAAUGGAAAAUACAUUGCAACUGCAGCAUUAGGUGUCAUAAAAAUUUGGGAUUAUUCAAUGAAAAACCCACAGGCUUUUGUUGGACAUUCAAAGGCAAUAACUAAAAUGAAGUUUUCUGAAGAUAAUCAAGUAUUAAUUACAGCUGGUGAAACACUUUUUAUUUGGAAAGUCAUGGCAGUUUCAAAAGAUAAUAGUCCAAAUGAAAACAGCUUAGAUCCAAAAGAUAUUGCAAAGGAUUAUAACUAUGAUACUUCAUUUAAUCAAAUUUUUGAAAAAUCAUCUCUUGAUUCAAGAAACAAACAACUUGAAGGAACUUUUCAAAAGAUUGAUGCUGAAGAAUCAGAUGAUUGGUCGAAAACAAAUGACGUUGGUGACAAUAGAGAUUAUAUGUGGUCGAAAACAAAUGACAUUGGUGACAAUAGAGAUGUGGAUUUUGAAAUUUCCAGAAAUUAUGAAUUAGAUCAAGAGAGUGAUAAAACUCAUCAAUCUCUCUACCCUCGCACUCCUCUUCCUUGUACCCCUCACAGAUUACAGAUCUAUCAUGCAGUUCCACAGGUAUUGACUCAUUUUAAAGCUCGUAAAAAUAUGUCUACUUUUGCAACUAAACACUAUGCAGCUCCAGCAAAUAAAGCUGGGAUAAAAUUGAUAUCAAGCAUUGGUUUCAACAGAGUUGCGCGUAAGAAUAUAUGCUGGCAUCCUCCUGCAGGUUUGUUUGCAUACACAAUGGGAUCACUGCUAGCAAUUGAUGAUCUUAAUUCUUGUAAUCAACAUCUGCUACUAAAUCAUUUAGAGGAGAUUUCAACAAUAGCUGUGAAACAUGACGGAAAGCAAAUAGCAACAGCUGCUUGUUACAGUCAUGAUAUAAAAUUUGCAAGAGUAUGUCUGUGGAAAAUAAACACAGAAGAAUGUUUUAAGGUUUUAGAUAUUCAUAAAUCAAACAUUGUUGCUAUGGAGUUUUCACGUGAUGAUCAGUAUCUUUUAACUGUUGGAGAUUACACUGAAUGUUUAGUUAUAGUCUGGAAUGCUAAUACUUUUAUAUGUUUGGAGUCUUUUAAAACUCUCUAUGCAAUACAUGCAGUUAUGUGGCAUCCUUAUGUUGCAGAUCAAUUUGUUUCUGUUGGUCAAAAAAAAACUGUAACUUUUUGGGAAAUAAAAAAUGAAAUGGUCAAAUUGAACUUGAAGUGUGUUCAAGGAUUAGUUCCAAAAUCAGUAUUUUUGUCAGAUGUACAAAAUGAUGAUAUGACUGCAGUAUGUUACGCAGAUCGUAAUUGGUUGUUUACAGCAACUGCCCAUGGUAUAGUGUGUUUGUGGAAUAUUUUAACUAAAACGUGCACAAGUUUUUGGAAAGCUGAUUCUUUAGAAAUAAUUACUUUAGCAACUGGUUGUGGUAAAUUGGUGACUGGAGGGGCUUCAAAAAUACUUCGCCAGUGGUCUGUAGAUUUUAAAAAGGAAAAUUAUAUAAGCAAUGGAAUAGUUUUAGAAAAAGAAAUCGAUUUAGAAUCACUCAUUAUUUCUUCCAUAUUUGAUGAAUACUUAGAAACAGGAAUUGUUGGGACAGAUGAUGGGACAAUUUGGUGCAUUGACUGGAAUGAUGUAAAGAAUGUUCCAAUUGUUAGCUCACAUAAAGACACGAUAACAGAUUUUACAGUUUGUCGAGGCGAGGAAAAGUUUAUGGUUUCAACAAGUAUUGAUGGUGGUUUGAGACUAUGGAAUUUAGACACAAGAGAAAAAGUUGCACAGUUUUUAAUAUCGGGUCAAGAAGCUAUCUGUGUUGAUUUUGUUCCACAUGUUUUUUCAAAUUAUGAAAGAAAAGACUUGUCUGAAAAUAAACAUCAAAACUCUACUGCUAGAGAUCUUCCAUCACAAUGUGUUGCAGGGUAUUCUGAUGGUGCUGUUCGAAAAUUUGAUUUUGGGCAAUUGAAAAUGACACUUAAAAUUAAACUAUUUAAAAAUAGUGUUACCCAGGUUUUAUGUUCUGCAGAUGGUGCUUAUGUAACUAGUGGAUCAUCAGAUGGGUUACUUACUAUAAGCAACCUAGUUAAUGGUGUUCCACUUCGUGUUAUUACAGAACACAGAGGAGCUCAAAUAUGCAAUCUUAGAAAACAGUAUACUUCAAACAGUUCGUCCUACUUAUGGCUGACAUCAAGCAUUGAUUGCAGAAUAAGUGUAUGGAGAUCUGAUUGGGCAAUGGAUUUGUGUGAACUUAAUGAUUGGAUAACAUUUCCCACAAAUCAAAAUCAAACAAAUGCAAAAAUAAGAUAUCCUUGCCUGGCAGAGUUUACACAUCAUAAUGAUGAUAUCAUAAUUUAUACUGGGUUUAGUGUUUGCAUAGAAAUAUGCUUAUACUGUUUAUCUGAAAGACAGAUUUUGAAAACUAUUCCAUUAAAUGAAUGGUCUAUUUCUAUAAGUAUUUCAUAUGAUGGUAAUUUUCUUGCUGCUGGUUUUUCAAAUCGCAUUUUAAAACUUAUUGACACAGAACAAGGCACCUUUCAAGAUUUUGUUGGUCAUUCUGGCGCGGUUGCAAACGUGAAAUUUGCUUAUAAUACGCUUUUGACUAACGCUCACACUGAGCUUUUUAUUUGGAAAUUAUUGAUAUGACGUAUUAAUUAGGAUUGUAAUUUAUUAUAUGUAUUUAUUUAUAAAUAUUAGAUAUAUAAAUAAUUUAUUUGUUUACGACAUUUUAUCCUUGAAUGUCGACAUAUUCAAAAAAUAAAUAUGUGUUACGUUGUUUGUU